GCGAGACACUUAAAAAUCAUCAGAGUGUAAGAAGAGAUUUGAUACAUACAUACAUAUUAUUGAUCUAGGUUAUAUAGCAGCAGCCAUGUCUUUAACAGAACAAGAAUAUGCUGAUCUUGAGAAGGAAGUCAAUGUCGAUGAUAUUGACUUUUCUGACUUAGAAGAAAAAUACACUGUGGAUGUUGGUUUAGACAACUACGUUGUUGUUGAUGGUGCACCAAUUGCUCCAGAAUCCAAAGUUCCAGUUUUAAUCAAAGUUUUAAAGAAGAUCUUCAGUGAAGUUGGUGAAAUCGUUGAAGGAGAUGAUGGUAUUCAUAUGCCAUUAGAAGGUGGAAAGUCAAAAGGUUAUUUAUUCGUCCAAUUUAAGACCAAUGAAAUGGCCGAAAGAGCCAUCAAAGAACUUAAUGGUAAGAAAUUAGAUUUAAAACAUAGAUUAUUAGUUAAUAGAUUAUCUGAUAUUGAAAAAUUCGGUGUUGAUGGUAACGUUGCUGAUGAAUUCCAAGAACCAGAAUUACCACCAUUCGAAAGUCAUGGUUAUUUAAAAUCAUGGUUACAAGAUGAGCAAGGUAGAGAUCAAUUUGGUUUACAUUUUGCUGAAACCUUUGGUGUUUACUGGAAUAAGAAGAAGUUAGAUCCAGAACCAGUUAUCGAACCAAGAAAGGCUUUCACUUCCAAAUACGCCAAAUUUUCACCAAAAGGUACCUAUUUAUUUUCUAUUCAUCCACAAGGUGUUCAAUCAUGGGGUGGAUCAGAUUUUUCAAGUAUUCACAAAUAUGUUCAUAAUCAAGUUCGUUUAGUUGAUUUUUCUCCAAAUGAAAAAUAUAUGGUUACUUUAUCUCCAGUUCCAAUUACAUUACCAGAAGGUACUGGUGACAGAAGUUCUUUCCCAUUCGGACCAGAAUCAGAAGGUCAUAAAUUAGUUAUCUGGGAUUUAGCUACUGGUGAACCAGCAAGAACAUUUGCUUUACCACCUCAUUUAGAAGGUCAAAAGGAAAUGCCAUGGCCAUUAGUCAAAUGGUCUCAUGAUGAUAAAUACUGUGCCCGUCAAGGUCCAGGAGCUUUAGCUAUCUACGAAACCCCAUCAUUCCAAUUAUUGGAUGGUAAAUUAGUCAGAAUUGAUGAAAUUGUUGAUUUUGAAUGGGCUCCAGCUGGUGUCCACCUUACCAACAGUAAGGUUGAAGGUGGUGAACAUGUGUUAUCAUACUGGACUCCAGAAAGUACCAAUCAAACUGCUAGAGUUGCAUUAAUGCAAAUCCCAUCAAGACAAGUUCUCAGAACCGUUAAUUUAUUCCAAGUUAGUGAUUGUAAAAUGCAUUGGCAAAGUGAAGGUAAACUUUUAUGUGUUAAAGUUGACCGUCAUACUAAGUCUGGUAAAACUAUUUUUACUAAUUUAGAAUUCUUUAAGCUUUCUGAAAAAGAUAUUCCAGUUGAAAAAUUGGAAUUAAAAGAAAUUGUUGUUAAUUUUGCAUGGGAACCAAAGUCUGAAAGAUUCAUCACUAUCUCAAGAUUGGAUGACGGUAACUUGAAUUCUGCUAUUCCAAAGAAUACUGUUUCUUUCUAUGCACCAGAAACUACUGGUAAAGGUAAAACCGCUACUACUUCUUUCAAAGUUUUCCAUACAUUUACCAACAAACACUCUAAUACUGUUUUCUGGUCACCAAAGGGUAGAUAUGUUGUCGUUGCUACCAUUUCAAGAAGUAAUGGUGAAAUUGAUUUCAUUGAUUGUUCCUUUGAUGAUGAUAAAUCCAGUAAAAAAUCUCCAGCUAACAUUAAAUUAUUGAAGACUGAAAGAUAUUCUGGUAUGACUAACUUAGAAUGGGAUCCAUCUGGUAGAUUUGUUGCCGGUUGGUCUUCAUCAUGGUUAAGUAACAUUGAAAACGGUUAUAGAUUAUACGAAUUCAGUGGUGUCCAAUUAAGAGAUGAAUUAGUCGAUCAAUUUAAAGAAUUUAUUUGGAGAGCUAGACCAGCCUCAUUAUUAAAUGGUGCUGAUAAGAAGAAGGUUAGAGCCAACUUACGUGAAUACAGUGCUCAAUUCGAAGAAGUUGAUGCCAUGGAAGCUGAUGCUAGAGUAAGAGAAGCUAUCUUAGCCAGAAGAAGGGCCUUAGAAGAAUGGAGAUCUUAUAGAGCUAAGUUCGCCGGUAAGGUUAGAAAAUCAAACAAUGUUCAAGCUGAGACAAUUGAAGAAAUCAAAGAAGAAAUCUUUGAAGAGAAGGAAGAAAUUGUCGAAUAAACUGUAUUAUAGCAAUUAUAUUAAUAUACACAUCUGAUCUUUAUAAUCACUUAUUUUAUU